AUGAAAGGUCUCAAUGCUCGCCCAGGUACUUGGAACACGAAUAUGGACAAGACCAACGAGCAGUUGAGGCCAUGCCUCUACGCCGACACCUGGCUCAAAGAAGUGGAGCAUCACUUCGGCGCGCUGGUCUCCUGGGUCUCCUCUGCAGCUGCGAAGGUCUCCGAGGAGUUCAGGUGGGCCUUCCUGGAGCAGCCUUGGGUCGGCGGUGCCGGCCUCGCGUACGCUGCGCUGCUCGCCGCCGCGGCCUACGCAUUGUACGUGCACGAGAACGUCACAGAUCGAGGCUACCGUGUACUCGGUCUAGUGGAGGAGGAAAGUCGGGAAAGGCUGCAAGCGCAGCUUCGCAUCGCCACUUCCCUAGCGCUUUCCGUCGCUGACAUCGUGUCGGACAUCUACGUCGCCACGGCAUACUUCAGAAGUGGCCUGAUAGCUUUCGGAAGCGUGCUGAUAGCCAUUACCCUGGGUUCGGGGGUCGUGGGGUUCGUGUUGCACCGGGCGAGUUGGGAGCGGGCGGACGACAACAAAAAUCUGGCAUUCUGGGCCCAGGGUCUGAACGAGAAGGGGGAGCGGCAGCCCGGGGUUAAGGAUUUGCUUUUGUACAUGCUGCAGAUAAAGCCGCUUCUGAUCGCGUACGAGUCCUUGCAGUUGGGGUCCGAAACCGUAGUUUUGGUAAGGGAGAAGGUUCUGGCGCAGUUGAGCGAGAGCUUUCCGAGCUCCCUCCUACAGGCAUAUGCGCUCGCAGUUGCAGGUGCGCCGCAGGAAGGCAGCGUGUUCUUCCUUCUCCUGUCGCUAGGCCUGUCCUUAGGAUCCAUGGCCGAUGCCGCGAACAAGGGCUACCGGCGGCUUUGCGCACCGACCAUCGAGCCUUGGAUGAACUUUCCUGUCGAGGCGAGGAGCCUGGCGUUUUGCCAGAGGCUGGCUUGCUGGCCUGGCGCUGCGCGGACGUCGGCGGACGCAUCUGUGGUUGGGCCCUCCUGGGCAUGGCCCUUCGUCCAGUGGACGCCUCCAGGCGUGGCCUCCAGCAGCCCUGGUUGCCAGCUUGGAUUCUGGUGGAGAUCGCGGUGUCGGCGGCGAUCCACAAGCUGGUCCUCAAAAAGGCCUGGGAAGAUCUCAGGCGACCCCAGGACAUGCUGGAGCUGCUGCUCAGCGCCGUCACGAUCCCCUGGGGUUGCUUCCAGCAGGCAUUGCUGCGAAGCCAGCUGCGGCUGCAACGCAUGCUGCCCGCUGGCGGCCCGCCCAGCCCUGGCUUCUCUGGCCGCUGCAGCUGUGGCCUUCAGUUUGGCCACGUUGCUGACCGCAGCCGUUUCGGAAAUACUGCUACGCUGUAACGUGACAUUAUUCCCAGUGGCUCAAGGCCUCCGCAGCGGCCCACUGCACCUAGCGGUGCGGCUGGGCAGCGUGGCCAACGUGCAGCGCAUCAUGUCGGCUCAAACAUGCACGCAGGAUGACGGCUGGCUGCCCGUGCACGAGGCCGCCUGGUGUGGUGAGCGGGAAGUGGUCAGAGCGUUGUAUAGCAGCAAUGAAGCCAUGGACGCCGCGGACGAGCAGGGGCGCCGCCCACUCCACCUAGCUGCGGCAUCGGGCAGCGUCGACGUGCUUCGGUUCCUCGCCGAAACUCAGGUCGUGGCCGACUCUGCGGACGACAAGGGUAUCACGGCAGCCCACAUGGCUGCAGAGAUGGGCCACGUGGAUGCUCUGGAAGUACUGCGCCAGGCGCACGGCGUGGACCUCCAGGCCCGCGACGCGCUUUGGGAAACGGCAGCACACAAAGCUGCCCGAGGUGGCCAUGCAGAGGCCUUGCGGAUGCUGUCACAGGCCAAGGCCGACCUGGGGGCCAAGGGCCGGAAUGGCUGGACGCCGGCGCACUACGCCGCAACAUUCGGCCGCGUGGCAGCUCUGGAGGCCCUCCGCGAGGCCAAGGUGGAGCUGGGUGCCAAAAACGAUAGUGGCGCCACGCCGGCAUUCCUCGCAGCCGGCAACGGCCGCGCGGCGGCGCUGCGGCUCCUGCACGAGGCAGGGGCCGACCUGGACGCAGCCCGCGACAACGGCAACUCGCCCGCUUUGAUGGCCGCCCAGAACGGCGACCCGGAGGCUCUGCAGGUCCUGCGCGAGGCUGGCGCCGACCUCGCCGCAGCGGACAAGGACGGCACAACGCCGGCACAAAUGGCUGCUGCGGCCGGGCACCUGGAGGCGCUGCGGCUGCUCUGGGAG